CACCUAGAACCUAGAACACCGCUGGGCAGGAUGGAAGAACCAUGGCGUGCCACGCGAAGCGGAAGCAUCCGUGGAAGCAGAGCGUUCUUCGAGGACAAGGACGAAAACAAGCGCCCUCGCCAACUGGAAGGAAAGAUCGUUCAUUCCUGGAGCAACUGGGCCGAUGCUUAUGGCGACGAAGGUGCCAAUCUCAGCAAUAUCACGAAAGCAGCCCCCAAUCCCACGCACGAGAACCAGUAUCCUGCCUUUUCUGGAAUGAUCAGCGACAUUACCGGCAACCUUACCAGCAACAGCGACAUUAACAGCGACAUUACCAUUAACAGCAACAACGACAACGACACGACUCCCGUGAUGAUCAUGGCGCUGCCCGUUCUCUUUCUGUGUCUUUUCUGCGCCCUCUGCUGCAGUGGCCGAGGAGCCGGAGCCCGGUACCAUCGGGGGGAGCAGAUCCGGGAGCAGGCCGAACGGAUCUGGGCCGCCGAGCGUCGCCGGGCCAAACGGCAGGAGUGCAGCCACACCGAGCGGCUCGCAGCCAUCCAUCGGCGCCUUUCGACCAUGACCGUCGUCGGAAAACAGAAGCGCAAAGCACAAGCACAAGGCGGAGAAAGAGGAGGAAAAGUUGCAUACGUGGUGUGCGAGCUUGGAGUUCUAGAGUCAUCCGUUGGAACUGACUGCAGCCGUGAAGGUAGCCGAGGCAGCGCCAGCAUCGUCACCAGCAACAAUGAAUCGACACCAACAUCAACACCAACACCAACACCAACAUCCGAGGCAAUGGCGAUGGCGAUGGCGAUUCGGAGCAAGAGAAGCACGGACACUUCCGAUACAUAUCCACUGGAAUCCGAGAACUGGUACGACGACGACGACGACGACGAAUACGUCUGCMAUAUUUGUUUGGACGGAUUCGAGGUUGGCGACAGGGUCAUGUUUCGAAACCAGAAGCCCUACACUCCCUGUUCCGAUCCGAACGGCUGUAGCUGCACCCAUGUCUUUCACGAAACGUGCCUCUUGCAAUGGCUCCUAGAAAAGCGGGAAAACGAAUGCCCGUCCUGUCGAGAACCCAUGAUUGAUGAAGACGACGAAAGCGACAACGACAAAAACGACAACGACAACGACAACGACGGCGGCGAUGCUACCCACAACGAUGCUGCUAGCGACGACGGUCCCGAAAACGACACGGAACGAAGCGCGGGAGCCAGAGACCAAGGAGAUCAAUCGCCACCACUGGUCGAGGAAAUCCAAAUCGAUCCCCUAGAAGGUUCUCGUGCAGUACACUCGUCCUUCUUCAUCGUCCAGGGAAGAAUCGUAGUUGUCGAACCAACAACGUGGACCACCAAAAGAAAAGGCCCGAUUUCGCCAACCAAUUUUACAUCAUCAUCUUUGUCGCUUUUAUCCCACCAUCCGCCAUCCCGACCUUCGGUGGCAUGGCCUGUUACCCACGAGGGGCCGAAUAAAAUUACACGGCUCGCAACGGCAGGAAACGAGGAUGAAAAGCAGCAGCAGCAACAACAACAACAACUCCACGCUACUAGCGACAUCUUAGCAAGCAGCGGCAGUCUCUUUCAUCCCCUGCCCUUGAAACGGGUUUCUCAGAGCCUUGAUCCUGCCGUCUUUGGUACCGAAAAAAGACAACAAACCCUCACCAAUGCCAUGAACGACGGCGGCAUUUCGAGUGCUUCUUUCCACGGGAUACGCCGAACGCAUAAAUCAAUUUUCAUGCUGGACCAAUGUUCUUGUAACAGCAACAACAACAGCAUCUUCCCGCAUGGUUCAUCGAGCGACAGAGAAGAAGAAGAAGAAGAAGAAGAAGAAGAAGAGGAGGACGAUCCAAUUGUUGGCAUUGAAAUUCACAACAAAAAUAGGGCACUGCCGUAUGCCGAGAGGGUAUCUUCGAUUUUUGCAAUCAAAUAAACAUAGAUGCGAAAUGCAAGCAAAGUCUUCUUAGACGUAGACGAAGGGUUCUUUCUUUGUACGACUGUCUUUCUCAACAAAGAGGAAGAAGACCAACAACAACUGCAUUAGAGGCAGCGACAGCGACAGCGGUAACCGUGCUAUCUAUUUCUGUGCCUCGACAGAGGUUGCCAACCGGAGGAAGCGCAAAAGGUACGGUACGACUAGAACGCCCAAACCAUGAAAGCCGAUACAACCAUUCUCCCCCAAGAAGGCAGAGCCAUUUAUGACGGCUAGACAUUAUCACUUCUUUUGCUCCGGAAAGCCUUCUACCCGAUGCUUUCUAGUUUGCAGUAAUUACUUCCAAUUGGGUCUAGAAUCAAUUGCCGUAUCACGGCACUUCUUUAUUACACUACGAAGUAAAGCAGCUAUUUUCAC